UUUGAGCGACUAGAACGAGAGUCGAAAAUAGCCAAAGCUCAGUCCAAGUCUAAGAAGCGCCCUGCAUCGACUCCAGAGAAUCCAAAAGGUGCCAAGGCACACGAUUCGCGCCCGUCUCCCUCUGUCCCGAUGCAAACGGAACUGACGCCACCAAAGGGUCCGUCCAAACCCUACCAACGAACUCCACCUUUGGAUGCCACUCCUCCUCGCCAACAAGUGGUCAUGUCUGACGCCGUUCAUGUCAUCGCCGGCACCCCAACAGAAACACAGGAAGCCAGUGUUCCAGCUGACGACGUCGUGGUAGCCAACACCCACCGUGGGAGGACCAGUGCGGAAAAUGGAGCAGAGGAACACAAUAGUGCCCUGACCUACAGGGACACUGUUGCCGCUCUCCCCACUCCCACGGUUCCUCUCACCACUGACAAACGGUUGAUGGCCUUCUCGCUGUCCAUUGGAAUGCCUCUCCCUUUCGGCACAUUACCAUCUCCAACGUGUCCAUUGUCUUUGAUUGGAAGGGCGCCGGUUUGUCCGAGUUCAAUCAAGUCCAGACUGCCUACAACGCCUUCCAUCAGUUUGCUUCCGGUAUUUGGGGCGAGAUCACUUCCAAGGUCGUCCUUCUACCUUUUGCUGAUGGCCGAUUCACCCAACAACAACUGUGGAUCCGGAACUUGA